AUGCUUUUGCCUGUGCUGUUUAUUGUCGCACUGGUGGUGCCUGUGUCUUCAGCUGUGCAACCAUUGUACGGUGUUCAAAGGAGUUUAUUAAGGCAUUUUGAGGUGGUUAAACAUGAUGACAUUUUCAAGUGCCUUAGCGGUAAUGUCGCCAUAAAAGGCCACCAGGUUAAUGAUGAUUACUGCGAUUGCCCGGAUGGAAGCGAUGAACCAGGAACUUCGGCUUGUACGCACUAUGGAACGAAGGCGAAUUUUCCACCAGAUUGGAUGUUUACGUGCAAAAAUGCGGGAUUCAAGCCACAGGAGAUACCCCAUAACCGAAUCAACGAUGGAAUAUGUGAUUGUUGCGACGGUUCUGAUGAGUACUCUGGUAUUAGUCAAUGCCCAAACGUAUGUGCUGAGUUUUAUGAAAGGGAAGAAAAGAGAAUCAAGGAAGAAGAGAGCAUCAGACAAGCGGGGAUUGCUGCAAAACAAGAUAUGAUAGCGAAGGCUGUGAGAAACCGUGAAGAUACCAAAUCUAGACUCAAUGGUGAAAUACCGGAACUUGAAGAGAAAAAGAAGAUUAUUGAGGAAAUCACUAUGAAACUUGCUCCAUUGGAGGAAAAAGAGAAGGAGGAAAAGCAGCGGUUGCGUGUUGCGUACGAUGUUGCCCAUGAAGCGUGGAAAAGGGAACGUGAGAAUAACGCAACAAAAACACCCACAAACUCUUCUUUGAAGUGCCUCAAGUGGCGUACUACACGCGUUUGUGAUGUCGAAGAGGGCUCGGGGGGUGAUGAUAGGGAUUGCAAUGACCUGAUUGCGGGUGAAGAAGAGGGUGUUUGUGAGUGCUUUAAUGAGGAAUUGAAUUCGACAGUUGCUUACGAAAAGGCAUGUGACCACUCGAUGUUACAGUGCUCGUUUGUUUGUGCAAGCGGUGGCAAGGAUGGAGUAUCUUCAGAUAACAAUGAAGAAAACUUUGAUAUGGAAGAUGGAUCGUCUUAUGAGCUACCGGAGGCACGGGAUCUUCGUCGUGAAGUUCAGAAUAUUCGUGAGAGGAUUAAUGAGCUUACCUCCUCCAUUGAAAAGGCCCAGAAGGAAUUGAAUAGAACAAUAAACGCAGAGGAUAUUGUCAAAGCGCUUGAGGGAGAAUGCUUUACAGUUGACUUUAUGAGUUACACCUAUGAAUUGUGCCCUUUUAAAGACACACAUCAAUACAAUAAGGGUACAAAGUCAGGGCCCUGCAUGGGAAGAUGGGGCCGUUUUGCUGAGAGCACAUACUCUUUAUGGGCGAGCACAAGUGAUUACACACACAUGAUAUUCGAAAAUGGAGAUCGGUGCUGGAAUGGCGUUCAUCGUUCUACUGACGUUCAUGUUGUGUGUGGUUCGGAGAAUAAGUUGGUGCAGGCUGAGGAGCCCUCAAUGUGCCACUAUAACAUGGUGUUUCAGACACCGGCUGUGUGUGAGUAG